AUGGAGUACGCGCAAUACCAGCAACCGGCGCAAGCCCAACAUGGGCAUGGGCAACAUAUACAGACAGGUUAUCCAAAUUCUGGUCAACACCCAGGAGGUGGACCAGCUAUCACAUCCCCAUCUCAACCACUACACAACCACAACGCAGUCCACAACCAAACAUCACCCAUCCUAUCCUCCCAACCCGGGCAAUCGUCGCAUCCCGGUCAGCCUAUACAUCAAAUGGGAGGUUACCAGCCAACGUAUGGUGUGAUACCUCAAGCUCACUAUGGAAUGUCUAAUAUUACACCUCAAGCUGCAGCAAUGGCUGCAACGGCUGCAGCCUCGGGGCAAGGCUAUUCUGGAUACCCAAUCCCAGGGACUGAGUUAUCACAAGGCUCGCCAAAGAUGGGAUCAGGAAUCAAGAGAGAAAGAGGGCCUAGGUCACCACAGCAAAACUCCAUGGGACAUCAACAACUGAACCAAAACCGCAGGAUGAGCCAACAGGUUGGCGAAAGUCCUGCGAUUCAGAACUCUCAGCCACAGAUGAACCACGCGCCAAGACCUUCGGUACCUCCUAUGCCAGUCAACAACCAACACCCACAAUCACCAGAGCUUGUUUCUGGAGCAGUGGAAGAGUCACCUCUAUAUGUCAAUGCAAAACAAUUUCAUCGAAUUUUGAAGCGACGUGUUGCGCGCCAAAGAUUAGAAGAGGCUCUUCGGUUAACAUCGAAAGGCAGGAAACCAUAUCUGCAUGAAAGCCGACACAACCACGCGAUGCGAAGACCUAGAGGUCCUGGAGGGAGAUUCUUGACCGCGGAUGAAGUUGCUGAAAUUGAGAGAGUCAAGGGAGAUGGUGGCGAGGAGGACAAGUUAGAUACGCCAGCGCCUGGUUUACCAAAAAGUGCAGGGGGCUCAGGCACUAAGCGAAAGGCAGCCGAUGACAACUCGACACCAAGUAAAAAGACCAAAUUAAAUGCACCUCCUGUCGGUGGAAGGAGCAGUGCGGAGGACGAAGACGAGGACGAAGAUGACGCGGAAGACGACGGAUAA